ACACACUUCGGGCUAAAAAAUCAAGUUCACCUUGUUUCCGUAGUACUUAUUUAUCUAGCGAGUUGCAUGAAUAACUGCAUCACGUAGUGGAAAUUAGCUUUAAAAGUCUGUAAAAUCGAUUUUUACUACUGAAUAAUCAAGUGUCAUUUGACAGCAUAAUGUCGUUUGAUUCAGAUCGCAACCCAUCACCACCACCUGAGAUUCUGAAAAAUGAAAAUCUUGUGCCUGAUAGAGUUGGGAAAAGUGUAUAUAGUAAACAGUGGGUAUAUAAAACAUUAAUGGCUGUUAUAGAGGUGAUUAAAUCAACUGCUUCUGAUAAGCCAGGGAAUUCUGAUAAUUCUGCAGAAAAAAAUGAGAAUGAUAUGGUAGAAUUAGAUCCUAAAAUUGAAGAAGAUGCUUGUACAUUGUGGGACAUGGCAGCUAAUCCUGAAGUUGCUGAUUUUCUGUAUGAAUGUGGAGCCCCUGAUAUCUUUCUUGAUGUCGUUGAUAGCACGAAAAGUCCAAGACUUUUGGAAAUUGUUAUAGGUAUUCUUGGUAACAUGACUUCAUUUGAUGCUGUAUGUCAGAAUCUUUCAAAGAAUAAGCAAGCAGUGUAUUCUACUCUUAUGUUAUCUGGUACUUCAGAUUCCCCUACAUUACUGCAAGUUUUUAGAUUAAUUCAGUGUGGUGUUGCAAAUAAAAAAAGUCAACAUUUUUGGUUUGAUGCUUUUGAAGAACAUCCUUUUUUCAUGGAAAAUAUAAAAUUCAUUUUUGAAAAUAGUUUAAAUGGUGCUGUACUGCAAGAAGCAUAUCAAUUGUUAGAUACUAUUUUGAUGGAAAAUUUGAUAUAUUGUUAUUCAUGGGGUCAACAAGCUCACUUAGCAGCGAUCGUUGAAGGUGGCAAGCAGUUACUGAAGUGUGAACAGAGUUUGGAUACCUUUUUUGGUUUGUUGCACACUUUAUGCUAUUAUCCACCUAAUGUAAAACUAUGUGCUAAACAUUUUAAAGAAUUGAAUCGACUGUUUUUUGCUUUCUUCCUGAACCUUGGAGAUGAAGAAGCUUUACCUGAUGUUUCAAGACUAACUAUUAUAACUCUUACUUUUGAAAUUUAUGGUAGAUUAUUGCAGUGUCCAGGAUUGGAUCGUGAAAUGAUAUCAACAGAUAUUGACGUCUUAAAAGCAAUUCAUAAAGUUUCUUGUCACGUAAACAGUCUAAUUUCUGAUGUCAAAAGGGAAAAUGUAAAGGUUAUGACCUUUAUGGAUGAAGAAGAUGAAGCAGGACCUCGAAUAUUAAGAAGAACAGAAGAUAGAAAUGGUAGAACUUAUAUAACAAUGAUGACAGAAGAGAAUUUCAAUUGUUGGAUGGUACUUGCUCGAAAAAUUAACCACGCAGCUACUUGCUUGUCUCAAUAUAUUGAAAAGGAUGAUGAGAAGGAAGUACUUGAUGAUAUUUUUGCUUCAAAAGUGCCUGAAGAAAAUAUUGGCAUUCUUAUUAUAUGAACUUGGAGAUGUGUUUUGUAAGUCAUAAAAAUAUACUAAUGUAAAAAAUAUAUUGAUAUAUAUAUAUGUAUUUAUUUCCUCACUCAUAUUCAUUGUCAUUUGUGUAAAUAAAAAUAAAUAUUUCAUAGCAGUAA